GGAGGAGGAAAGGCGGAGGGCGGCUCGUUUCCUGGAAGCCGCCUGUAGCGUCGCAGCGAUCCGCAGAUUUCGGCUUGGCCGGCCUCACGGGGUGUCGCGGAAGCCGCCAGGAUGAAUGUUGGGGUAGCCCAUAGUGAAGUAAAUCCCAACACUCGAGUGAUGAAUAGCCGAGGCAUCUGGCUUGCCUAUAGCAUCUCGGUGGCUGUCCUCCAUGUGAUCCUUCUCAGCAUCCCUUUCUUUAGUGUUCCUGUGGUCUGGACUCUGACCAAUGUCAUCCAUAACCUGGCCAUGUAUUGGCUCCUGCACACAGUGAAAGGGACCCCAUUUGAAACACCUGACCAGGGCAAGGAUCGCCUGCUCACACACUGGGAGCAGAUUGAUUAUGGUACACAAUGGACUUCUUCCCGCAAGUUCUUGAUCAUCUCACCAAUUGUUCUCUACAUCUUAACAAGCUUUUAUACUAAGUAUGACCCCAUGCACUUUAUAAUCAACACAACCUCGCUGCUGAGCGUCCUCCUGCCCAAGCUACCCCUGUUCCAUGGUGUCCGCAUCUUUGGUAUCAACAAAUACUGAAACAUUUCUACUCCUGAGACUGACUUUGUCACAAGAAGAACAACUCCCAGCUCCUCACAGAAAGCUGUGAUCACGCCAUGUGAAGCUCUGUACGACUGAUUGUACAUCACACAGUGAGCCAAAGAGGAUUUGGAUUCUGGAGAAGAGAGCAACGCUACAUGCUGCUUCUGGCCAGGACGUUUGGACUGUUGUCCCUGUUGCCAGUCAGCAGUUGGGCUGGCACUUCUCCUCCUGGAAUGAGAAGACAUUUGAGGACUCUGGUGGGUGGUUUUCCUUGCAAGAUUUCGGCUUGAGCUGUUUGUAAUUGGUGACUUGUAUCAGCUUCUGACAGAGAGCCAUUCUGUGUAAACGUUCUCUACUUUUAGACAUUCCUGCUUGAAACCAGUUUGUGUUGUUAGAUUUUAUUAUUUUUUUCAGGGUAAUAGAGCAUCUGAAAGAGGCCUUUUUUUUAAAAAAAAGUGGACUACCAUGAUGUAAUGAUUAACCAACCAUUCUGAUCCUGUGCUAUGAAGAUUAUAUAUAAUUAUCUACUAUAGUCCUUAGAUUCUCACUGGGUAAGAAUACAUCAGCUUUAAGUGUAACUGUUAAGCAACAUAUGUUAGAUUCUUCACUCUCACCUUCUGGGGUUUUCUGAUGGAAAAUAAAAAAUCUGAGUCUAUGCUAUUUCUGAUAGACUCCAAUUAAAAUAUAGUUUUGCCAGUGUU